CCGGCCCCGGCCCCGGCCCCGGCCCCGGAGAGCUGGAGGCCGCCGCUGCCGCCGCCGCGCAGCGCCGGGACCGGCCCCCCUCGGGCCGCCGGGGCCGCCGCCGCCUCGUCGCCAGUGCUGCUGCUUCUGGGGGAGGAAGACGAGGACGAGGAAGGCGGGAGCAGGCGGCGGAGGGGGCUCGGGCGGGUGGAGGAGAAGCCCCGAGGGGGCGCGGAGGAGGAGGAUGACGACGAGGAAGACGAGGACGAGGAGGUGGUCGUCGAGGUGGUGGACGGCGACGACGACGAGGAGGACAGCGAGGAGCGCUUCAUGCCCCUCGGCCCCGGCCGUGCGGUCCCCAAGGGCCCGGCCCGGGGCGCGUUGAAGGUGGGGAGCAUUAAGCGGGAAACGACCUUCACAUUUCAACCAGAGGACUUAAAACGUGACUCUAGUAAAAAAAUGUCUCAUCAACACUUGUUUCCCUUGGCCAUGGAGGAAGAUGUGAAAACAGCAGACACCAAAAAAGCCAACCGAGCCCUUGACCAUGAAAAAGAAAACACUCGCUCCAUCUGUCUCCUUGAGCAAAAACGGAAAGUUGUUUCUUCCAAUAUUGAUGUUCCUCCAGCAAGGAAAUCUUCAGAGGAACUGGACAUGGACAAGGUGACAGCAGCAAUGGUACUAACCAGCUUGUCCACCAGCCCUUUGGUUCGAAGCCCACCUGUGCGGCCAAAUGAGGGCCUCAGCGGAUCCUGGAAGGAGGGAGGAGGCGUGCCUUCCAGCAGUAGCAGCAGCGGCUACUGGAGCUGGAGCGCCCCCAGCGACCAGUCCAACCCGUCCACGCCGUCGCCGCCGCUGUCCGCUGACAGCUUCAAGCCCUUCCGCAGCCCCGCACCGCCGCCGCCGCCCGACGACGGCAUCGACGAGGCGGAGGCCAGUAACCUGCUCUUCGAUGAGCCCAUCCCCAGGAAAAGAAAGAAUUCUAUGAAGGUGAUGUUCAAAUGCCUGUGGAAGAACUGCGGGAAGGUGCUGAGCACUGCGGCGGGAAUCCAGAAACACAUACGGACCAUCCAUCUUGGGCGUGUUGGGGACUCCGACUACAGUGAUGGAGAAGAGGACUUUUACUACACUGAGAUCAAGCUCAACACAGACUCAGUGGCAGACGGACUGAGCAGCCUGGCCCCGGUGUCACCGUCUCAGUCCCUGGCUUCGCCUCCCACUUUCCCCAUCCCAGAUUCAAGCCGAACAGAGACUCCUUGUGCCAAAACUGAGACUAAACUGAUGACACCCUUGAGCCGCUCAGCUCCCACCACCCUCUACCUCGUGCACACCGACCAUGCUUACCAGGCCACGCCCCCCGUGACCAUUCCAGGAUCGGCCAAGUUCACCCCCAACGGUAGCAGCUUCAGCAUUUCUUGGCAGUCUCCUCCGGUUACCUUCACGGGCAUUCCAGUGUCACCGACACAUAAUCAUCCGGUGGGCACAGGGGAGCAGAGACAGCACACCCACACGGUCUUGUCCUCGCCACCCAGAGGGACAGUCAGCCUGAGGAAGCCCCGGGGAGAGGGCAAGAAGUGCCGCAAGGUGUAUGGCAUGGAGAACCGGGACCUGUGGUGCACGGCGUGCCGCUGGAAGAAGGCGUGCCAGAGGUUCACUGACUGACCCCCGGGGCCCCUGAGCCCCGCUGCCCUCGCCUUCCACCGCAGGCUCUGGAAAAGCGCUUUUUCUUCCGAACAAAAACACACUUGAAGCC